AUGCCUGCAAAUAAUAGCAUCAAGAAAGCUCUGUCACUUAUUGAGGAUGAUGUCUCCAAAGUGCUCGGUUUGAAUGUCGGCAAGCAUGCGGGCAUCCGACCGGGCCAGUAUAUCCCUAGAGCGGAUGCGCAAUCUCCCCCGGAACUAUUUUUUCGCGACCUUUCGCCAAGCAGUACGUACAUGGUCAUCGGCCUUGAUAUCGACGCCCCGUUUCCUUCCUUCGGUGUCCUCGGCCCCAUCCUGCAUUGGAUCCAGCCAGGACUCCAGCCCACUCCAUCAGACAGCGAUCCGAACGUUCACACACUGAAAGUUACCGCGCCAUUCGUCGCCAAUUACAUCGGUCCCGCCCCACCUCCAGGAAGCUCGCCGCAUCGGUAUAUCUUCAUUCUGUACGAGCAGCCGGCUGGGUUCAAUGGGAAGAAGUAUGCGCCGCCUAGCGGGCAGAAUCUAGGAAAUAUGCAUCGGAUGCGCUAUAAUCUCGAUUCUUGGGAAAAAGAAAUUAGGCUGGGGUCUACCGUGGCAGCGAAUUACUUCAACAGUAACUAG